GUCUUUCUUUCUCGAACCACCACCACGGGGCCUCAGCAAAGUUGGCCUCGUCCAGCCACCAACGCCAUUUCUGUGCUCGACAGUCUCUCUUUUUUGGUCCAUUUCCAUCAUUUCACUGGAUUACAUACUCUUCGGUUGCUCGGGGCAUGAUCAACCUGCCCCGAUAUAAAGCAACCGACGUAUUCCUUCGUCUUGUCUCCCGACGACCACCUUCGCUUCCGUUCAGAUUCUUCACUCCUUUGAAGCAUAUCACUAUGUCGUCUGCCGUCCCGUUGCCAGAGUGUUGGGGUCACCGUGGCGCCUCUGCUGCAUUCCCUGAGAACACUCUUGCUAGCUUCGAGGCCGCAAUACGGGAAGGCGCGGAUGGCAUUGAGAGCGACGUCCACGUAUCGGUAGACGACGUCGUGGUUAUGUUCCACGAUCCAGCUCUGAACAGGACCACAAAUGGACAAGGAUUGAUUCGAGAGCAGCGUUGGCAUGGUGCAGAUGGUAUGGAACAUCUCAGGACUGUCAAGCAGCCCCCACAGGCCAUUCCGACCUUCGCCGAGACUGUCGCGCUCCUCAUGCGAACAGAGAACCGCCAUGUCAAGUUCAACGUAGACGUCAAAGCGCAGAAUCAUCCUGCUCGUCUCUUCGCAUUGAUGCACAAAAUCAUCUCGUCUCACGACAACUGGGAAACGGACCUUGCUCCUCGGAUCGUUCUCGGUCUCUGGCACCCGACGUUUAUUCCCCAUGCUAAGACUGUCUUGCCAUAUCUUCGUCGUUCAUAUAUUGGCGAAGAUUUAUCCAUUGCGCGCAAGUAUUUCUGGGAUAACGUUGAAGUGUUCUCCAUGAAGUUUGACGUUCUUGCUACGGUGAAUGGCGAGAAGUUUAGGAAAGAUUGCCAGGCUACUGGGAAGAAACUUAUGGUGUGGACCGUCAAUGAUGCUGAGUAUAUGAUUGAGGCGGCUCGCUGGAACAUCGAUGUUAUCAUCACAGACGUGCCAAAGACCUGGCUUGAACUUCGCUCAGCCUUACAAGUUGACUACAAGAAGGUCAUUGCUCAGCAUAGUCGCUUAUUCCUCUGGACCAACUGGAAAUUCUAUACCCCAUUCCAAAUCUUGGACCGUCAAGCUACACAUAGAGAUCUAGAGAUCGCUGCCGGUCCUUUCCCCACUGUCGAUUCAUUCAUGUCUGCUCCACUCGUUGGACUCUCCAAGGCUUGACCUUUGCAAUUUUUCAAUACCACUGUCCGCUUUUGCAUGCUUCGCAUAGAGAUUCAUUUUGUCGUUCUUCGUCCGCCGUUGCUUUGUAGAUUAGUCACAUAGAUUGCAUUCUCACCUCGCAUUCUUCCUUUCGCAUGAGUCACUCUUGGGUUCUUGGGGUUUGCGAUCCUGGGCGUCGAUAUGCUUUAUACGCUCGACGUUGCUGGUAUAAUUAGGUCAAGGAUGUUCGUUGGUAGUUGUCGUUGUCGUUUUAAAACAUCUUAAUGCGUAUGACCUGUGUAUGCCUCAGCGCUACAUGACGCGAUCGAGGAGC